AUGUCGACAACCCACCCACCCCAGAUGCUCUUUUUUGAUACAUUCGGCACAGUGGUCGAGUGGCGUACAUGCGUCUCCCAAGAAUUGAACACAGCCUGCAAAGUGGCUGUGAACUCUACUCGCAAGGGCCUCUCAGCCGACGUGCGGGACCGCGCAGCAGCCAUGACCUCCCACGACUGGCUCGCAUUUGCCGAACAAUGGCGGCAGUCUUACGGCACUUUCACAGCUACAUUUGAUCCAUCAACUGAGUUCGUGUCGGUCGAUCAGCACCACUUCAAUGCUCUCCAAGACCUCCUUCACAAACACAGCUUGGAUGGUCUGUUUACCGACGAGGAGCGGUGGGAACUUGCUUUCAGCUGGCACCGACUCAACCCUUGGGCGGAUAGUGUCUCGGGCCUUACUCAACUCAAUAAGAAAUUCCAGACCUCGACGCUGUCGAAUGGUAAUGUCUCCUUGCUGCAAGAUCUACAGCGAUACGGUUCGUUGCCUUUCACGCAUUUAACCAGCUCGGAGAAUUUUGGUGCUUAUAAGCCAUCGCCACUGGUUUAUAAUGGUGCUGCCAAAAAGUUCAACUUGGAGCCGGGCCAGUGUGGAAUGGUUGCGGCCCACCUUCGUGAUUUGAAGGGGGCUAAAAGCUGUGGGCUUCAGACCAUCUAUGUUGAGCGGGAGCUUGAGGAGGCUUUCUCACCCGAGGAGAUUGCACAAGCCAAGGCUGAGGGUUGGGUUGAUAUGUGGAUUGAUUUGAAGUCUGAUGGUUUUCUGGAAGUAGCUAGGCGAUUUGGGAUCGAAUGA